AUGGCUGCGCUGAACUGGUAUCGUUACAAGGUGGAGAAGGACUCGGUAACCGACGCAGAGAGGCUCUGUAACGAGCUGCUUCACCGCCGCAGCGGCGCCCCUCCCCAGCCCGCGCCGACCAACAAGGCCCGCGACAAGACCAAAUCCUUCAAGGUGUACCACGAGUGCUUCGGCAAGUGUAAGGGCGUGUUCUACCCGGACUUGUACGAGACUCCGUUCUCUCAGUGUAUCGAGUGCACGGACUGUCACAACACUUGCAGUCCGCAGAAGUUCGUCUGCCACAGCCACAAGGCACAGGAAAAUCGCACUUGCCACUGGGGGUUCGACUCGGCAAACUGGCGGUCCUACAUCCUCCUCAGUAAAGACCAGGACACGGAGGAAUUCCAGGAAGCUCUGGAAGACAUGAAGGCCAAGUUCGACUUCAUGAACCGCUUCAAGAGGAAGCAGUCGGGGUCGCCAGACGAGGUAGCGAACAAGAGAGCGCGUAGUGAGGACUCGCUGAAGUACAUGGGUCACGACGCCAUGAUCACAUCCUCAUGGACCGCCCUCCACGGUCACCUGACGCCCAUCCAACGGCUGUCUGCCUUCAGACCCUGGUCACCAUCGUCCAUGGCCGAGGCCAAGGAUCUGUACGGGCGAGUCGCCAUGAGGCUGCCGCCACCUCUGCUGAGCUCGGGACCACCGGUGCUCCUACACCCGGAGAGAGUGGUACCCUACGCAGGCAUGGGCAGAUAUGAGAACUACGUUCCCCCCAACGUGGCCUUGGCGCCGACGAGCGGACAGCUCACCGCCAGCGCGCAGACCGCCGUGAAGGUCGAGGACGGCGCAGAGGUCGCGACCUCGUCAACAACGGGAGGGGAGAAGAAGGAGAUCAAGAGAGAGCUGGAGUCAGAGGGAGGCAGCGCCGAGGAAACAGAGCAAACAGCCUCCCAACCAGAGACAAGUGAAACCAGACCGCUGGAGCAGCCCAUGGCCUCGGAGGUGGACGUAUCAGCCCUCAGCGCCGCUCCCGUCCCGCCGGCCGCCAUGAUCCCCGUGGGAACGAGCUCGGGAAAGGAGUUGGCGAGCGAGCUGGACAGCACUGUGGAGCAGGAGCUGGAGCUGGUGCGGAGUGCGCUGGACGGGGGCUGCGAGGGGAAGGAGGCCAAGGAGAAACUCCUCCACGAGCUGGCCAAGAUACGCAUGAGACAAGAAGAACGUCUCAACAGCGCACUUCAGGCCAAGAAGAGCCUGCAGCAGGAGCUUGACUUCCUCCGAGUGGCGAAGAAAGAGAAGCUCCGAGAGGCCGCCGAGGCGAAACGGAACCUUCGCAAGGAGAUCGAGCGGUUGCGCGUGGAACACGAGAGGAAGCUUCGCGAAACCAACGAGUCGAAGCAGAGGUUGAAGCGGGAGCUGGAGCUGGUGCGCAGCAAGCGGCUGGAGAAGUUCGGCGACGUCAACAAGUCCAAGACGAAACUCCGCGCCCAGAUCGAGGAGUUGAAGGAGAGAAUGGCGGCGUUGGACGCGGAAAACCAACAACUGCGACUGGAACUGGAGGGGAAUAGUAGUAAAGACGUCGCGGCGGUGCAACCGCAGGGACAAAACCAGUUAGAUAGCGUAGUCGAGAACCAAGGCAAGCCAGCGAGCGAGCCGCUCGAAUCCGAGCUAAAGAAUGAGAAGGUAGAGGACAGUGCGGAAGUAGCGCCUCCGCCGGAGGUAUAGGUCUACCCCGACCCUACUACUACUACCGUAGUGUCGUCGACCUCUGAAAAAUUUCGCUCCGAGCUUGUACGGAAGCGAGUAGAUACGGGUGUUUGUGUCCAGUGUCAACGUUACAGAUUGUAGGGUAAGGUCUUUACGCAGCGCGCGGGGUGCGGUGUCGCGCCGCGGUCCCGCCGCUGCUCCGGUGCUAGAAAGACUGUACGAAACUGUCGUUAAUCUGCCUCUGAAGGAAGGAAAAGGAAUACGGGUGUAAUAUACUGUAGUGUAAAGGAGAAGCGAGGAAGUUGUAUUGCAUUGGACCCUGAGGAAAGAGAUGUGUGCAUGAUUUAGUGUGCUUUAAAGCUUCUUACGUAUUGGUGCUAGGCUAAUGUGAUGGUGAUGAUGAUAAGAAAACCGACGCAGCUUUUUUCGAGUGACCGAACUCUCUCCUAGACAAUUUCCACCACACGUGGAAAACUCAAUCACUGUUUUCUAUGAUAAUUAUGAUAAUAAUAAUAGCGUUUUGUAAAUUUUGUCUCUCCAACGACCCACCUCGUUGUUGUUGUUGUUGUCGUUGUCGUGAAGUGCAACACGAUCUGGCCAGCCUAUUAUGGGUUAUCACAUUCCAAGUAAAACACAUGUGAUCUUCCAUUUGUCGAACUCAGGGAAAUGCACCCUGGGAAGUGGUGGACUUGAAAUACCCACACUGCCCUCUACCUGUACGUGCAUGAAUGUGGUAAGCUUACCUUAUAAGGCAGCGGUGCCACAAGGAUGCAUAUGGACCGUUCCAUUCUUAUUUACCGCCUAGUUUCUGAAAAAGGUCGGUAAGAAAAAUGAAUAGUGGAGUCUCGAAAUACUAGCAGCUCUCUGCCGAUAAACUACCUGUAACACUGCCAAACUCACAGCUUGGAAAACUGUUAAUGUAUGUGUUAGGACGCCAAAAGUGCUGUAUAAUAACUUGCUUCUGUCUGUGAGGGGGCAACCUUACCACCCCCGUCCUAAUAAUGGUAUAUUCUACAGCAAGGAAAAAUAAUAGUUAGAUGCGCCUUUCUUUGGUUUUGGGUUACGAGGUAAAGAAAAUCUGGAAGAAUUAUGUAGAAAGAUUUUGAAUUAUUUUGUUGGAAAAAUUUCCUUCAAAUUUCCUUGUAUAAACAGAUGAUAGUUAUUAACUAACAGUAAGAUAUGAUGAUGGAAAUGCCAUACUACAACAGAUAUGUAAACUCUAAUUAAGACAAUUAACAUGAACAUUAAUUAGCUAUGUGUAAAUUAAUAGACAAUAUCAGAGGAUUUAUGAAACUGCUGUAGUGUGUGGUAGGGUUGGAGAAAUUGUAUUUUGUAUGAUGAUGAUGAUGAUGAAUGUAAUAUUAAUGUUGUAGAACUUCAUGAUGAUUUGUGUGGUAUUGUACCCUGUGCGGUGGUUCGUUAGUCCUAAUUCGUUAACGAGCACCCCCCAGUCCUUGUUACCUCCAACGUGUGUAUGAAUGUGUGCGUGUGUGUGCACAUGCAUCGUGUGUAUGUGUGUGUGUAUAUAUGUAUGUGUGUCACGGCAGGGAUCAUGAUCAUGUUCGAAGCCUUUUCGUCCAAAAGUUCAACAGUUCUAAAACACAGUAUUCGUGUAGUUGUCACUGAAAGAAACUAUUAAGAUGUAAACCGGGCGACGCUCUUGUGCGUUCGAUCAAUCAAACAAAAUCAGAACUCAUCUCAGGUUUAAUAUUCUUCAGCCAUGCAGCUUGUAGGCUUAGAAACUCUUCCUAGCUUAAAUUGUAAAAAAAGUGUAGGAAAAAAGGCAGUUCAAUACAGAUUUAGCAUGACCUUCUUCCAGUUAUUGUUAGGAACAAGGCGAGAAAAACUUCAUACAGAUAUCAGAUUUUGAAAGACCAAUAACUGUCAAGUUUCGUUUCUCUUCGUUUAUGGAAAAUUUGUCUUAGAAAGACAGCGUGUAGUCAUAUUUCUGGUGACCUACUUCCAGCUAUUGUUCGGAACAAGGUAAAACUUGACACAGAUAUUCUAUUUUGAAAGACUAAUAAGUGUGUCAAGUUUUGUUUCUCAUUGUUAAUUUUGGAAAAGUAUUCUCAGAUUUUUUAAUGAACACGACCUGUGUUCAGAUUUCGCAUGACCUACUUCCAGCUAUUGUUCAGAACAAAGAAAAACUUAACACAGAUACAUGUAAUAAAUUUUAAGGGCUGAAAACUGUCAAGUUUCGUUUCUCAUCAUACGUAAAAUUUCAGCAUCGUAGAAGAAUCUGAAGUGGGUUGUAUGAAAUCUGUAUUGAACAGUCCUUUUGCAUUCUAGAACUUUGUGUGUGAAAUGUGUGGACAACACACAGCAUUUUAAAACUCCCUUCCUUGGUUUUAUAGUCUAAAUCACUCGAUUUUAUAUUUUUAAACAGAAGGAAAACCAACUUGGAACAGUUUAUUUGAUUUUACAACAGCUAAAAACUUUCUCAUGGAUAUUUUUAUUAUUAGUAACCAAAAAAAAUAUGUAGCAAAACAGUAAACAGAAGUGGAGAAAAUAUGAGAUAUUUGAGCAGAAGACGAAAACAUUGCAGUAUGGCACCAGGCUCAUUAGUUUAACGUUCUCUUGGUUAAAAUAGCCUCUCAACACCAAUUUUGUAUUGGUUACAGGAUUAGGUAGCAGGGAGAAGGUUAACAUAUGAACGUUAUGAACAAUGUUAGUACGCUUAGGCUGAUCCUAAGGCCACACCAAUUUUAUUUCCUUGGUUCGUAGGAAUUUCAAAUUGCAAAAAGGAAAACUUGAAAUUGAUAUAAACCUGGUCCUCAGGCUUUGUUUUCGUUAUGCUAUUUUUUAUAUAAAAUCCGAGAACUCUAACAAGUCAAAUUGGUGUGGUUGAAGGAAUUAAAAGCUUGUCAGGUCUUGAAAAUUCAGUGGUCAAAGUUCAGAGGUCACCACAGGGUACGUUCCCACCCAACCAUCAUGUGUUUGUGUUGCUUUGGCGGGAAAGUUGCAAAACAUUGACUGUGUGGGCACUCACCAAUGUAAAUCUUGUGGAGUGGUGUGGGGGGCAUAUGGCAUGGCACUUUUUAUAACAUCAGUACUGUGUUUCUGAUGGACAGUUUCCUUUUUUAAAGAUUGCGUUCAGAGAAAGUUAUUGAAAGAAAAUCCUUGCUGUAUGCCCUCCUCAUCCCUGUUCAAGUUUAUGUUCUCAAGUGUUGAAUUUGAAAUGUAAUAGAAGUUUAUUCUUUAUUGCCUAAAAGCAGACAUACAAAUGAAUGUAUGGAAACUUCAGUGUUUUGCAACUGACCCCACAUGUGGCUAGCUAUGCUCAGGGGAUAUUAUUGUAAUCGCUUUUGAACUUGGAAUGGAGCCCACAAGAGGCUCACAAUGUAUUUGCACUUGAACUACCUUCUAUGAAGGACACUAUAAUGUCCUUGCUUCUAUGUGACGAUUGUAGAAAUCGAUUCUCUUUUUGCUAUGCUGUCAACCCAGGUACAAGUUGCAAAUUACCAAGUUUGAAUCAACCCAGGCAGAAAUUUGAAAAAAAAAAGAACACAGUGCAAUUUCUAGAAAAUUCUCUUACCCCUUUGUACUAAAUCACAUUUCAAAGCCAGUCAUUUUAAUUUCACCAACCUUUCCUCUUUAAACAUGGUUGCCAUGGGUUACCGUGUGCAAUGCAUUCUGGGGCUAGCCGCUGAUGACCACAUAGGGAAUCCCCUACUUGAAGAGAAUGAUUGACAGGUCAGUCAGACAAGACUUUGUGCCAGGGCUGACAGCAGCAACCUGACUGUGAUAACACGGUGACUGUGUUGAAUAAAUCCAAGAGAAGUUCAAAGGAUAAACGUAUAAUUGUCCACGCUUCCCCUGAAAUGUGUGAGUGAAUGUGUGAGUGAGUGUAUGUGUGCUUUUGCAGAUGCUGCCUCCUCCAAUUUUUGUAUAGCUUUUCUGGCUUAGCUAAAAUGUAAUAAUUUUGUUCAAGGUAUUAGAUGGAAUGAGGAGUGAAGGGUUUUAAUCCUAUACUGUAUAUCAGUCAGACUUGUCACGACUUUCCUCUUUUAAUUUGUUAGAAUUUUUUAGAUCGAACUGCUUGUUUUUUUUUCACUGCAAUCUCACAUGUACUGUCUUUCAUACAUAGAUAAACUUCCUUGUCUUAAACAUAAAUUGUUAAACUUGAUCUUUCAGUUAAGGGCUGUACAAAGCAAUUAUGUUCAAACCCAGUUUAUUUGCAGAAAUGUGUUAUUAUGUACGUACUGCAUACAAGUGAUAUUCAAAGAACGUAUAUAUACAUAGUUAUAUAUGUAUCUAUAUCUAUACCUGGCACUUGUAUUCGAACAUUUACUUGGUCUUCAUUCUGUUAAGUUACAUGGGUGGCAUACUGAUGGUGGUUGUCUUGAGUGUCAAGCCACUGAACAAUCAUAGAAAGGCUUCUAAUAUCAUAUUGCAUAAUUUGACAGCAAGUUACAUACACAUUCUUACGUAUGCAUUUUGUACAUAAAGAGCUGGAAUUAAGCAUGUA